AUGAUUUUCGCUGGCAAUUUUGAAUUUCAGUAUACAAAGAUUAACGGUAGUAUCUACAAGCAGUCUGAAGAGGGAAGGAUUCCAGUAACUGUAGUCAUGCUGACCAGUCACCCUGAAUUGGAUUUCAAAUAUUUAAAAAAAGUUGAGAAAAAUGCUCCUUAUGAAGCUAAUUAUAUCUACGAUGCGAGGGAAUAUUGGAAGUUAAAAACGCCUCAGCUUCAUGUUGUUAUACAUAAGACAAACUCGAAUUCAAUGCCUGGUGUUAUCAAAUUUAUGAUUCCUCUUAAAAAGAUAAACCUAACGGAAAUCACGAAAUACAUUAAAACAGCGAGAAUAAUUGAACGAGAAAUUAUAUCACCAAAUAUUGAUAAAAUAUUAUGUUCAGAAGGUCAACAAGUAAUUUUAAUGAAUACAAUUUUCGGUAAAUUCAAAUCUUCGACAAUGUAUGUUGCCGGAAUCAGCGGAAAUUUCUCGCUAAACUCAACGGAAGACAAAUCUAUUGAUUUAAAUAAAUCUGUGGCUCAUGAUAUAUUAAAUCCUAUUUCAUGUGAUCUUAUGUUUGGCGCGACUUUCGAUAAAUUCAAAUCAACAAAACUUAUAUAA